GAAAUGAAGGCAACAAUCGCUUUUUUUGUUGUUUUAAAUCUCCUUGGACUCAACACCAGUUUCAGAACACACUUUUUUGUGACGGAACAAAUGACCUGGAUAGAUGCACAGACGUACUGCAGAAAACACCACAGUGACCUGUCCACCAUGACCAAAGAAGAAGCACAGCUGCUCUCCAGUAAUACAGAUGCUACAUAUUCAUUUAGCUGGAUUGGGCUUUAUGAAGAUCCAGACCGUGCAGAUGAAUGGAUAUGGUCUGGAGGUCAGGUGGAAGAAGUGGACAACUGGGAUACAGACCAACCAGACGAUAGCUCUGAGAAUUGUAUUUCGCUAAAACAAUCUACUUCUAAGCUACACGAUACUCUUUGCUCUGAUAUGCUGUCUUUUUAUUGUAUGGAUGCCGUCGAGUCAGUUUUGGUGAGUCAGAAUAAGGCGUGGAAUGAAGCCCUGGACUAUUGCAGACAGCAUUACAUUGACCUGGUGAGUUUAAGCUCAGAGAUGAUUGAGGCAGAGGUUAUAAAUGUCACAGGAAAAUCCCAAACAGAUUUUGUGUGGACUGGUCUGCGCUUCAUGGCUGGUCAUUGGUUUUGGGUCAGUGGUGAAGAUCUUCAAUAUAAAGCCUGGUCUGUGGAGGGGGAACCCAAGUGUCCUGCUGGAAAUCUGCGCUGCGGAGCUCUGGAUAGAAAUAAGAAGGUUUGGAAAGCCAUAGACUGUGAAAAGAGACUUAAUUUUGUCUGCAUCAAGAAGCCCUACAAGUGA